AGCCGCAGUUGUCGUCCGAAGUGGGAGCGUUCUUUGCCAGCCAAUCAAGAAACCAAAAUCAACAUGACCAAAACAAGAGUUUACGUAGUCGGAGUGGGCAUGACGAAGUUCGAGAAACCUGGACGUCGUGCCGAUGUCUGCUAUCCGGACUUUGCCAAGGAAGCGGUCACCAAGGCUCUGGCUGAUGCUGGCAUCAAGUUCGAGGAGGUUCAACAGGCUGUUGUUGGCUACGUCUAUGGUGAUUCCACCUGUGGCCAAAGGGCGGUCUACGAAGUGGGCAUGACCGGAAUUCCCGUUUACAAUGUGAACAACAACUGCUCCACAGGAUCGAGUGCUUUGUACUUGGCCAAACAGAUCAUCGAAUCGGGUAAUUCAGAUUGUGUUUUGGCUUUGGGAUUUGAGAAGAUGGAACGUGGUUCCCUCUCAUCGAAGUACUUUGACCGUGCCAAUCCCAUGGAGCGCCACAUCACAGAGAUGGGUGAACUGACUGAAAUCGGCGCCGGACCUAUGGCUGCUCAGAUCUUUGGCAAUGCCGGCAAGGAGCACAUGAAGAAAUAUGGCACAAAACCCGAGCAUUUUGGUAAAAUUGCAUGGAAGAAUCACAAACAUUCAGUCAAUAAUCCCUACUCCCAGUUCCGUGAUGAAUACACGCUGGAGCAGAUUAUGAAGUCGCCUCAGGUGGUGGAGGGGGUUCUGACCAAGCUGCAGUGUUGCCCCACCUCAGAUGGUUCCGGUGCUGCCAUUUUGGCCUCCGAGCAAUUCGUCCGUCGUCAUGGCUUGGAAUGUCAGGCUGUGGAAAUUGUUGGCAUGGAGAUGGCCACCGAUCCAGAGUCGACGUUUGCCGACAAGAGUCUGAUGAAGAUUGCUGGCUAUGACAUGACUCGCCUGGCCACAGAGCGUCUGUUCGCCAAGAGCGGAUACAAGCCACAGGAUGUGCAGGUUGUGGAGCUCCAUGACUGUUUCUCGGCCAACGAAUUGGUCACCUACGAGGCUUUGGGUCUCUGUGCCGAGGGCAAGGCCGGCGAGUUCAUCGACCGUGGAGACAAUACUUAUGGCGGCAAAUUCGUGGUGAAUCCCAGUGGUGGUCUGAUCUCUAAGGGGCAUCCUCUGGGUGCAACUGGCUUGGCCCAGUGCUCCGAAUUGUGCUGGCAAUUGCGCGGUCUGGCCGAGAAACGUCAAGUGGAUGGAGCCAAAUUGGCUCUGCAACAUAAUCUUGGUCUGGGUGGAGCUGUUAUCGUGGCCUUGUAUCGUCUGGGCUUCCCAGCGGCAGCCAAUGCCAAGCUAUAAAUUAUUUGUUGAGGGUUUUGAAUUUGUAUAUUAAACGUAAACUUUAUUUUUUUAUAUUCUUAAA